GGUAUAGGCCUGGACAGUCUGCGCCAACGUGUCUUGACGCCGGCCAUGCAGCUGUUUGGGGGUGGAGAGUCCCUUGCCGCCCGGAGCAGCCCCCGAUCUGGUAUCGUUCCCAGUUGCGCCAAAGAAUGCGAAGAUGAGAGGUCCUGCGAGGCUUUCGCGCUGGCAGGUACUGCUGUUGGCAUUGCCCUGCCUGGGUCUUCAACCCAGGUCUUCUUCCGAGCCCAUCAAUCCCACCCAGGCGUGCAUUGAGGCGCGCGAGCGCGACCCCUUGGCCUCCUGCGACGACCUGCUGCCGCAAGAUGGCAGGAGUGUCAGGGUGGUUUUCAACAUGACGCAGGCGAUUUCGCGGAGAAUGACAAGGACCAAAAGGAUGAACUGUGAUUUCAGGGUGACAGUGAAGUACACAAUGAAUCAGAGCGCCGGCACAGACGUCAAGGAUGUGACGCUCUACAACUACCCAAGCUUCAAGGAGCCGGUCUGCAAUUCAAACGGUGAGUUCUUCUGCGAUCCCUAUGGCUAUCUUAGCUUGCCGGAACGCCAGAACCUCACCACGGAGCUUGCCAGGUUGCGCUCGCGGCACCUGGUGCUUUGUGAGGACUUGGUGCUUGAGCCGAUCAACCAGCAGCACUUGACGCCCUUUUACGUCGGAGUUGCCAUCGCCCAGGCGGAGGAACCUGUGACUGCAGUGAAGCAGUAUGGGCACCUCAUCAUGUCGGAAUGGAACACCGAGGAGAUGGCAAGGGGGCAGAACACCCAUUGCCCCAACAGGGCGCUGCUUCUGGUACUUCCCAAGAGCAGCCAGGCGGUGCUUGUCACAGAGAGUUGCCGGUACCUGUGCGAGGACACCACCUCGGUGGGCCAAAAAGUGGAGAACGCCUUGUCCACGAAGAGCGUGAGUGCUGCGGUCCUCCAGGGCGUGCAGAGCGCCUAUGCAGCGCUGCCACAGUCCGUGGUGCAGGGGGAGGCAAUGCCCACGUCCACAGAGCCGCAGGCAGUUGCCGGCCACGACAAUGCAGAGGGUUGGGUGCUCUUUGCGCAACGCGCAGUCGUUGCCUUUGCGGUGGUGGCAUUGGCCUUCAGCCUCCUGGUGGGCGUCAUGGUGCUAUGCUUUGCGCCGGGCUUGGCCAAGGGCCACCGGGGCUAUGUGUGAGAGGUGUCAAAGGCUCGGGCAGAGCGCCGUGCUGCCAGAGCUGUGUGG